UGAAGAAAUGCAGAAGCCGUGAACUGUUUUUAGCUACAAAACUGGACGGCGCGGAGCCCAUCAAGCCCCUGCGGCGCCACUAUGCGCCCGACACGGCUCCUCGCCGCCGCCUCCUCAACGUUCCGACGGCGCCGCCUUUACACUGCCGCCGCAGUCUCCACCGUGGCACCUUCUUCUGCGGCCCCGCCACCGCAGAGCGCCGUCCAGCCCCUCUCCACCCAAUUCGCUAGACCAUCCCCCGCCCGUGGCCACGGCGUCGCCGAUGACCUCGCUUCCUCCCUCCGCGCACUCCUCGCCUCCUCGCCCACCGUCCAGCACGCCUUCCAUCUGCUCCGUUCCGCUGCGCUGGAUACGCGCCUCCCGCCGAACGAGCUCGUCGACGCCGUCCUCUCCACCGUGGACGCUGGCUCGCCGGCCGCGGUUACUCUCCUCAGCCACGUCCUCACCUGCCUCUCCCGCGCUGCCAGCGACUGCGCGGCCGCCGCGGCCGCAUACUCUCGCAUGGUCACGAGGGGCGUUGUCCCGGACGCCAAGUCUCGCACCGACCUGCUAGUCACCACGGCGCGGGGCGCGUCGGCUGCGGAUGCGCUAACGCUGUUCGACGAGAUGCGGGGCAAGGGAUGCUACGCGGAUGCGAAGAUGUACGACGUCGUGAUACGGGCCUGCGUCAGGGGAGGGAUGCACUGUGAUGCCGUCAGGCUGUUUGAUGAAAUGGCUGGUGCCGGGGUCAAGCCCGACGAGCGCGUUUAUGCCAUCACAAUCUCAGGUUUGUGCAAGCUACGCGAUGCAGAUCGGGCACUCCAGGUGUUGGGGAAGAUGAGGGAGGCAGGGUUCGAGCCGUGGGAGUUAACGUACAGUUCUGUGGUGGAUGUGCUUGUGAAGGUGGGGAGGAUGGAUGAGGCAUUGAGGCUGAAGGAUCAGAUGCUGCUGGCUACGGGAAAGAAGAUGGAUGUGGUUCUCGCGACGAUGUUGAUGCACGGGUAUUGCUUGCAUGGAGAAGUUGGGAAGGCAUUGGAUUUGUUUGAUGAGGUUGUCAGUGAUGGUGUGACACCGACCAAUGUGACAUAUGGGGUGCUAAUCAAAGGUUGUGAUGCAGAGGGGAUGUCAGAUGAGACAUAUAAGCUAUGCCGCCAGAUGAUAGAGCAGGGAUUGUUACUGAGCACAUAUGAGUUCAAUUUGGUGAUCAAAGGCCUCUUGAGAGACAAACGGUGGAAGGAUGCCAUUGGCUUACUUGAACUUGUGGUAGAUACUGGGGUACCAGAUGUCUUCACUUACGGCUGUCUAAUUCAUUGGCUCUGCAAGCAUCAAAAACUCCACGAGGCAGUCAACUUAUGGGAUAAGAUGAAGGAAGCAGGAGUCAAACCUUCUAUUGUGACAUACCACAGCCUACUGCUGGGGUACUGUGAGAAAGGGCGCAUGGAUGAAGCACUCAAGUUAUACUCUGAGAUGCCUGAUAAAGGAUUCCCGCCUAAUGAGGUCACUUACACAACUCUGAUGAAAGGGUACAUCAAGAAGAAAGCUUUUGACAAUGCCUACGCCCUUCUUAAUGAAAUGCGUCAGAAUGGAGUUUCUUGCGGCGAUUAUACGUAUAAUAUUCUCAUAAAUGGACUUUACAUGGUCAAUCGUGUUUGUGAAGUUGAUGAAAUGUUGAAAAGAUUUUUGAGUGAAGGUUUUGUUCCGACCACAAUGACAUACAAUAGUAUCAUUAAUGGAUUUGUGAAAGCUGGUAUGAUGGGCUCUGCAUUCGGUAUGUAUCGGCAGAUGCGCAAGAAAGGUAUAACUCCCAAUAUAGUAACAUAUACCAGUUUUAUAGAUGGUUAUUGUAGGACCAACUGCUGUGAUCUUGCAGUGAAGCUGCUCAUUUACGUGAGGCGCGAUGGCAUUCAACCUGACAUUGCUGCAUACAACGCUUUCAUAGAUACGUUUUGCAAACAGGGGAAUAUGUCUCGUGCACUCCAUUUUUUGGUUCUUCUGUUGAAAGAUGGUUUAACACCAGAUGUCACUGUCUACAAUAGUUUUGUUACAGGGUACAAGAAUUUGAAAAUGAUGGCAGAAGCUUCAAAGUUCUAUUAUAGCAUGAUCAAACAGAGAGUUGUUGCUGAUACAGAAAUCUAUACAACCUUAAUUGAUGGGUUCUCAAAAGUUGGCAAUGUGGCCUUUGCUUUGGAACUGUACUCAGAGAUGAUGGCCAAUCACGUUAUUCCUGAUGAUAAAACUUUCACAGCACUAACCCACGGUCUUUGCCGAAGUGGAGAUAUUGAUGGUGCUAAGAGGUUAUUGGAUGAUAUGAGAAGAUUAGAUGUGUCUCCAAAUAUUGUUACUUAUAACAUGCUGAUAAAUGCAUGCGUCCGUGAUGGUAAGCUGCAAGAGGCAUUCCAACUGCAUGAUGAGAUGCUCAGCAGUGGAGUCGUGCCUGAUGAUACUACAUAUGACAUACUCCCUCGGACCAAUAAUAGUUGAUUUUCCACCUGCCAGGAUUGCUUGCUGCUUGUUCAAGCCUCCAGUCUGACACAGUGUAUUACCAACCAGAGGGAAUACGAGUUAGCUUGAAACUUUUGGAAGCAAGUCCUGCAGAUGCUGAAAAUCAUGUUUCAAUUCUGCCAGUAAAGUAUGAAGAACCUUAACAUGCGAUUCAGCAGAUUGAAAUUUAGGAAACUUGCACUGUAAAUGAAGUGAACUCCUUGUCAGUUAUAAUUUUUCCUUUUCAAUAUAUCUCUACCCCUUUAAAGCACGACUUUGACACGUCGCGCACUCCCAUGGUGCUGGGAACUCCCGCACUUCCCUCAGCCUCCUCUCGCGUGGUGCUCGGAAGUCGGAACCCUCAACCUCCUCCCUCGUCCCUCGGUGUUUGAAAUUACUGUGCUUCCCUUAGCCUCCUCCCCUGGUUCUCGAAACUACUAGAGAUGGAUUUAGAUCUUUAUUUAAAUGUUAAUUUUUUUGUCUUCUUUCUUUGAUUGUAAACAAGUAACAUAUAUAAUUUACUGUGUAAAUUUAUAUUUUUAUUUUCAA